AGAAAAUUAGUGUAGAAGCACAAGCUAGCUAUUCAGGGCUUUUCAGUAUUGGAGGGGGAUUUUCAAUGGACUCAGAGCAAAGAUCUGCUGUUCACAACUUUCAGAAGUCUGUGGAGACAAGCACAAUCACUGUAGGAGCAGCUCCCCCGAGCAACGGCGAUGCUAUGACGUGGGCUUCCUCUGUCCAAGAGAAUCCAGUUCCAAUAAAGUACACUCUAACGCCCAUCCAUAACCUGUUUACUGAGAGAUAUUCCAAGCAUCUUCCUGGCGUCAACUUGGAUGUUGUGCGUGAGAUGAUCAAGAAUGCCUCAAAAAAUUAUUGCCAAGCUCUAAAAAAAGAGGGACGGGUAGAUUCGUGUGACGACGACAUUCAUUUGGGCAUUUCACUGGAAAACAUUGGAGUAACGACUUUUGGCUAUAGAUAUUUGACAAACGUGGAUGAGAGAGAUUGUAGAGCUAUUUGUCUCUUAGAUGAGAAGUGCGUGGCAGUCCAGCAUUCUGCGCGGAGGGGGUGCAAGCUUCUCGACACGACAAAGGAUCUUACAGCGCUUAAAACGAAUUCCAAACUGGUGGUGUUCCUGUCGAGACUGCAACGAUUAAAGGAAAAUUUUGUUCUGAAAGAUCUCAAAGUCAAAGAAGUUCAGCAACGCCGUGAUGAGAAGCAGGUUUCCAAUAUUUCCGAGUGUAUUUCCUAUUGUGGUGAAGAUGCAUUUUGUCUGGCGUUUGUGAUGUGCGACCCCAAGAAAAUCGGUAGUUGGUGUGCUAACGCUAAAGGUAACUGCUUGCUGUACUCAAAGCAGAAAAUCACGGCUGUUGAAAUAAAUCAAUAUUCCGAGAUGCAUUACGUUUGGAAAAAUUACACUUUGGCUGAAGAGCCAAUAAUAAAGAAUCCGGUAUAAUUCUUUAUCAACUCAUAAAUGUAGUUGGCGCAAUAGGCUCUUCCACCGUUUCUUUUGCUGUUUUUUCUUGUUUCUGAUCUUUAUUCAACUUUUGAAACAGGCUCGAUAGCGACACUAUGGAACAGAACUUUCUCAAUUUGUAAAGUAAACAAUUUCGAGAAUAAUACCGAACUUAAGUAAAUAAACCCCUUCAGGCGGCUAGCUUGUUUGAAAAAAGAAUAUUUGGCCGAGAAGCGAAACUUUUUAGCGUAAAUGUGAUAUUUUAAGACAAUCUCUCAGGCCAGGUACAUUAUUAGCCGACAAGCAAACCAGAAAGGGGAUUUAUUUGUUUUAUAACCCUCGCAUUAAUUUUCAUACUGCGCAAAAUCGCUCAUAAAAAACAAACAAACAAACAAACAAAAAUCAUUGUUGAUCUUUUUGUGCUUUCUGGAACAGCAUUUACGACCAGCGUUUAAUGUCACACAUCACUGGAAUCUAAAAAACGAGAUUAUCUUUCCUCCACUUAACAGAUGACUAGUAAAAUUCUUGAGGUGGCUUUUUCCGCUGAAUUUGUUUCUUCAGGACAAAUAUCGACGCAAACGGGAGUUAUUGCGUGAUACCUGUCCGGUAACACACCACGAGACAUAAAGUAGCCAAUGAAAUCGCGCAAAAAUUAAUGGGCGGGUUAUAAAUAGAUAUAUAAACAUAUGAAGAUAUAGCGCAGCGGCCGAAGUCAGGGAAUAAGUUGUAAGUUAGCUGUUAGAACAUUUUGGUCUCAGAAUCCACCCUUGCCAAGAAUGAAAGGUUUACCCACUCUCCCAUACGAGGA